CGGCUUACAGCCUUAAUGACAGCAGCAGCAGCAGCGCACAUGCGUCCCCGUAAAGAGGAGCCGUGAUUCAACCAUCUGCUGCAGAUUUACUUUUUAACUUUCUCUGCCCUGAGACAUCGGACAGGAUGUUUGCGUUCCGGCUCAACAAGUCUCUUUUGAUUCUCCCACACUAACUGUUGAUGGCUGCGGAAUGGAGAUAGCCUUGGUGAGCUUUGAGAACGGCGGCGCUAAAGGGAGCGGCGGCGGCGGCGGCGGCAGCGGCGGGGGGAACAAUGCCGAGGAGAGCUGCCGGAACGCGCUGGACGUCCCUCAGUCGGGCUUUGUUCAAAGUGGACUGGGAGAGGACUACGGUAAAGAGCUGAACACCCGGGGGAGUCCUCCUCUUCUUCCUCCUCCUCAUCAUCAGCAGAGCUCCUGGAAAAUAAACGACAUGAACAACACUUUCAGCUGCAGCGAGAACGCCAUGGAUGCGCUCUUACGCGCGGACCACAGUCCCCAUCUGUUCGACGAGGACAUGCUGGACAUGGACAUGGACACGGAGAGCAACGAGAGGGUGCUCAUCAACAUAGCCGGGCUGAGGUACGAGACCCAGCUGGGCACCCUGAACCAGUUCCCCGACACUUUACUGGGAGACCCCGCCAAGCGGAUAAAAUACUUCGACCCGCUCCGGAACGAGUACUUUUUCGACCGCAACAGACCGAGUUUUGACGGGAUUCUGUAUUUUUAUCAGUCGGGAGGGAAGAUCCGGAGGCCUGUCAAUGUGUCCAUUGAUGUGUUCGCGGAUGAGAUUAGGUUUUACCAGCUGGGGGAGGAGGCCAUGGAGAGGUUCCGUGAGGAUGAGGGCUUUAUAAAAGAGGAGGAAAAGCCGCUGCCUCAGAAUGAGUUUCAGAAGCAGGUCUGGCUCAUAUUCGAGUACCCGGAGAGCUCCAGUCCUGCGCGGGGCAUCGCCAUCGUCUCUGUGAUUGUCAUCACCAUAUCCAUCAUCACCUUCUGCCUGGAGACGCUGCCGGAGUUCAGGGAUGAGCGGGAGCUGCCGGUCACCAGCCGGAUGGACAACAGCACUGCGCCCCGGCCGUCCCUCACCUUCACCGACCCCUUCUUCAUCAUAGAGACCACAUGCGUCAUCUGGUUCACUUUCGAGUUGUUCGUGCGCUUCUUCGCGUGCCCCAGCAAGUCGGAGUUCUCCAAGACCAUCAUGAACAUCAUCGACAUCAUGUCCAUCAUGCCUUACUUCAUCACAGUGGGCACGGAGCUGGCGGAGCAGCAGGGCCAGGAGCACCAGAACGGACAGCAGGCCAUGUCCCUGGCCAUCCUCAGGGUCAUCCGCCUGGUCCGGGUCUUCCGGAUCUUCAAGCUCUCCAGGCACUCCAAGGGGCUCCAGAUCCUGGGGCAGACUCUUAAAGCCAGCAUGCGGGAGCUCGGCCUCCUCAUCUUCUUCCUCUUCAUCGGAGUCAUCCUCUUCUCCAGCGCCGUGUACUUUGCAGAGGCGGACGAGCCGGAGUCUCACUUCUCCAGCAUCCCUGACGCCUUCUGGUGGGCCGUGGUCACUAUGACAACCGUCGGCUACGGCGACAUGAGGCCGGUGACGGUCGGGGGGAAGAUCGUGGGCUCUCUGUGCGCCAUCGCCGGCGUGCUGACCAUCGCGCUGCCGGUGCCCGUCAUCGUGUCAAACUUCAACUACUUUUAUCACAGAGAGACGGACCAGGACCAGUCCUCCCUGAAGGACGAGCCGAACAGCGGCCGAGCGAGUCCCGAACUGAAGCGCAAAGGGAGUAAAUCAUCAGCCAAGUCGCAGGAUGUGGAGAACAACGACGCGGGCGCUUCGGUGGAGAAGGCGAACAUCAAGGCGAACAGCAGCAUGGACUUUAAGAGAUCCCUUUACGCUUUCUGCCUGGACACACGGGAGACCGACCUGUAGUCCUGUCUGUUUCCCCACUUUUUCAAAAACUAUUAGAGCUCAUAGUUUUGUAGAAUAAACCCCCGUUAAUGGGCUCUUAAGUCUUUGCACAUAGCAGCCGGAGGAUCAACACAUCGCAAUCCUGAAAAGUUUAAAGAGCGACGGGGGCCGACUUAUAAAAAGCACAUUUUAAUCCCCCUCAUCUGGUAAGCACAUCCGUUAGUGGAAAAAUCUGAGGAGUCCUGAACAAAACCACAGUGCAUGUGAUGCAGCACAACGGCCCUUUAAAGUAGGAACACCUAACGGACAUUACCGAAACUCACGGAGACGUUAGUGUGGAAAAUAGGACAUGCAGCUGCAGAUAAUCAAGCACAAGCAGGACUCGGAAUAAUUACUUGACAUGGCGAGAGGAUUAACAGCACCAAGCAGACUCGUGUACACGAUGCAGUCCACAUCCAGCAGAAUAGCAACAGAAAAAGCCAAACUUUAUUUUUCGUAUCUACCCAACAUUUAGUCGUUAUGUUUACGCUGAAAAGCUGCAGCAAAUGUGUACAUAUUUCCCACAGGCCUACUGCUUAGGACUUGUAGAUCUGGACAUUAAAAAGAGUAUAUUUUUGAGAUGCAGACACCUGUUGUCCUCCACUCAGGUUGUGUCAAAGACGUGAGAUUCUUUUUCUAAAUCAGAGUUGACUCUCAGAGGACCUCAAGAGAAGAUUUUUAGACGUCCAACAAACAAGCCUUGUUUAUGAUUAUUUCAAGCUAAAGAACAUUUUUGAAUUUUUUAAACAAAAGGACACGAUGUGGAAGUUAAUAAAGUGAGGGAAUGACAGCGAGGACAGCGAGGACGGGGGACAGCGCAGAGACCAUCUGUGGAGCUCCAGCCACACAGAAAGCAGAGUUGAAGCCCUGCCCUCCGAGCAUCAGGAGAGUCGACCUGCCCGACCGGGACUCACACCACACUGCUGCUGCACCCAAGCAUCCGCCGCCCGUUUCUGGAUCUCUGUGCCUUCAACCAAAACUCACCGGUGAUACUUCUGAAGCUUCUUCUGCUGGUUUGUUGUUUUACUUUCGAGCAGGACUCUGAAGAUAAAUCAACCUGAUGUAGGAGGGCCCGGGAUCGUCUCUGUGGAGGAAAGAGGACAAAAACAACUUUGAACUUUGAUCGUUUUAACGUCCCAACGUAUUCUCUUUUUUUUCUACAAAUUGUGUCAGUGAUUUGCUUCAUAUCAGAAGAAAUCCCUCGCUGUGCAAUAUCAGUCCAAAUUUAUGUGAAGUUGUCAUGUGGAUGUAGACUUUGGACAGACUUUUUGGUUUAUUUUUGUAACGAUGUUUUCCUGAUUUCUAUUUUUCUAAAAUGUGAACCGUCUGGGACGAAUGAGGGGAGGAAAAAAAUCACCUGAACACAUUUUAAAAGAAGAGAGGACAUUUUUGUUGUUGUUGGAGACGACUUGUCCCAGUUUAGUUUUCCUCAGCGGCGUCCCCUCCUGCUCUGACCAGGGCCAAAGCCAUAGACUAUCUCAGAUAACAGUGCACCCACCAGGCAUUUCAAACACAGCAAGAUGCAUUCAGGGCCCCGCAGGCUCCUCCUGUCAGCUCAUCUUAGCUGUUGGACUUUUUGACUGAUGUUUUGGUUUCUACUGUACGUUCAGGGGCUUGAAGUGUUUAGUAUUAUCUACCUUUGUGUGGCCUGUUCUUCUUGCUGUUAUUUUGUACUUCCUCCUACAUAUCAAUCGAGCAGUAAGUGGCAUGAG